GGUUCGAGGCUCAGUUGCAAUGGAGGUGGUCAACCUAAGUAGGACCCAGUCCCUGAGGAGCCUUCCCUGGAUUGAGGGAAGGAGGUGGAACAUGACGGCUGCCACCCGCUGGGAGAGAAAAUCUGUGUCUCAGCUGGUUGAACAUUACCAAAGCUGUGGUGACUUAAGGAGUCUGGAAAAAGUGGAGACUAAACCCCAGCUAUCAAACAGAUUUCCAGGAGAAAGAAGGAGAGGACAAGAGGGCAGAGAAAAAAUGUCCCGCGGGGCAUCUUCAAAUACCUCAAGUCUGUCAAGAAGCCGCUCCAUGGACUGCCUCUCUCCGAAGGAGGCCUCAGGGACCAGGAGUCUGUGUGCACUGUUCGAGUCCAAGGGCAGUCUGCAGAACCUCAGCCACAGCAGCAGCGGCCUGUUCAACUCAUCAGCAUCGGCAAACUGUGGCAAGAGAGGAAGAGACCGCCCUCUGCAGGACUGGAGAAGUCAUGACACAAGUCCUCAGAGAGUGACCCCGGAGGAGGGAGCACGGACCUCCGAUGGGCUCCGAGUGUCUUCCAGCAGAUCUCCCAGAUACCCAUCGGAUAGGGGUGACGCUGGUACCCACGGUCCUCGCUGCGUGACGCAGACUUUGGCCCUGGGAGGUCCUGGAGAUCAUGGCAUAGCACCGCUGUUGCUCAACGGCCAGACUAAGACUUCAGCCACCAUUUUUUAUUGGCGAGGGUCGGAGUGGAGUGAAAAGGCAGAGAGAAAGGGAGACAAAAACCAACACAGAGCCAUCACCGGAUUGAGCUUCAAUGACAGACAUCAUCCGUCACUGACCAAGGCGGGCACACAAUUGACUCGCUUCUCUGUUCGAGAAAGGUCAGCUCUCUAUCUGUCAAGAGCGGCAUCCAUUGACUCCGUUGGAGGUUCAACACAACCGGGACCGACUGGUACUUCAGGUGCAAGGAUUCAAGGACCAAGGACUAAAAGCAACAAGAUGGCUGAGGCAGCCAGGAAAGUCACAGUUUCGCAAUCAUCUCAUGAUGAAGAUGACCUGCCUCUCCCACCGCCUCCCCCACCCGUGCCAGCCAGGCCCCUUGACUACGAAGGGCCCUCAGCGUUAAAUAGCCUCCCCUUACCGCCGCCCAAGGAAACCUUCUCCACAUACUACCAGCAAAGGCAGAAGACGGAACUGAAGAGAAUCUUCAAACACAUCCACCCGGACAUCCUGGGAGAUCUUGGGGAAGGUGUGGACGAUGAGAUCAUGAGGGCGGUGCAGCUUGACGACGCCGACGCAGCGGAUGCAGCUAAUCAGUGUGAAGUGCAAUCGAUGAGGUGGAUCUUUGAAAACUGGAACCUGGAUAGCAUUGGGGAUCCUCACUCCACCAAGAAGUUGCUGGAUGAGGAGGACAUAACAGGUGGAAAUGUCCGAGGGACCUCUUCCAUGUUUGAGAACAGUGAUAGAGGACAGCAGAAACGUGCAGAAAGGCUGAACUCUGUCCGGGGGGAUGUAAGAACAUCCACCUGGUUGUUUGAAACCCAGCCCUUGGAUUCCCUUCAUAGAACAGAAGACGGAGAACUGGUUGAAGCCGUGCUGAAAGAGGCCAUCCAGCCGGGAGAUGUUUGCGGGACUCGGCUGCUCUUUGAGACUAAACCCCUCAGUGACCUGGGACGCUGCAACUCAAUUGAGGACCAGAAUUUCUUGAAACUGAAGUCUGAGCUGCAGGAACAAAAAGGAGACGUCCAGAAGACUGUGAAACUCUUCCAGGCAGAACCUCGCUGUGCCAUCAGGGAUAAAAGUGGCAAUAUCCAUUCAAUCAAAUCCAUCUGCAGGGAGGAGAUCAAAAACGGCAACACGAGCUCUACUCGUUGGUUAUUUGAAACUCAGCCUUUGGACCUGAUUAGUAAGGGCACUGAUGGAGUGAAAAUCAUUCGGGGUAUUUCCCUGGAGGAGGGGCACAAAGGUGGAACAGACAGAAAAAGGUGGAUGUUUGAGACUCAGUCCUUUGAUGACAUAAAAGAAGUUGUCGUGGACAAGUUUGAGGGCACGGGAGAAGUGGAUGUCACCAACAAGACUAAGCUCUUUGAGAUGCAACCCUUGGCAACGCUUAGAGGAAAUGCAGAGGAAAAGAGUCUGGAAAGGGAAAACGUAAUUGGGGGAGAUGUCAAGACCUCCCUGUGGCUGUUUGAAACGCGACCAAUGGAGACUCUGAAUGAUAGCUACGAAGUUGGCUGUUUGGAAAAAGUUACCCUUUCAGCCGUUGAAAAGGGAGCGGUGAAAGACAAAAAGAUCAUAUUUGAGGGCGGCAGCGCCGGAAAGAGCAUCUCAGUCAAAGAACAAGAGAUUGAAAAGGGUGAUGUCCGAGGAUUCAAGCAACUUUUCGAAACGAUCCCUUUGAGUAGAAUCGCUCCUUCUGACGAGAACUGCGACAAAGAAAAUGUCGCACCAGAAAACGCCACGCAGGAAGAUGCUCCUUUGUAUGCCAUAAAAGACAGCUCUGGAAACUUCUACAAGAUAACCACUGUCAACCGUGAGGAAUUCAUCAAGGGCAAGGUUCAGAACUACAAGUGGAUGUUUGAGACCAAGCUCUUGAAUGAGCUGACAGAAGGAAAGGAAAAUGUCGAGGUAAUCAAAGGCAUCACAAGGGAGGAGGACACGAUGGGGGAUGUCAAGUUGGCAAAGUGGCUUUUUGAAACCCAGACAAUAGAGGGGAUUCAUUCCAAGUUCAACCAGACGGAGCCAAGUCGCUCUCUUGAAACGGAGCCUCGGAAAGGCAAUGUCAAGACGUGCAAAUGGCUUUUUGAGACACGACCAAUGGACAUUCCGUACGACAAAUCAGAAAAGGUUAAGGACACAGAGGCCAUCGACAACCCCAGCGUCAAGUCCAUUACAUGGCUUUUUGAAUCCCAGCCAUUAGACACCAUCAAGGAGGACGGCGAGUACAAACUGAAGCUCUGUGACACCAUACAGAAUUCAGUCAAAUCUGAGGCGGGGGGUCAAACAGUCAAACAUCUGAUUGAGACAGAGACCCUGGACGAAAUUGGAAAGGGCACAUACUCAGACCAAGACGUAAGAUGUGUCAGUCAAGUCAACGUUCAAUCAGGCGAUGUCUCGAGAGUCAAAGAGCUUUUUGAAUCCCGGUCCCUUGAUGAAAUCGGAUCAGAGAUGGCAUACGAUGAACAAAAUGAUGAGAACAUCCAAAAGGGAUCAGUACAUAAAUUUACCUGGUUGUUUGAGAACUGUCCCAUGAACACGAUCAAUAAGGACAAAGACGAUGCAAGCAUCCAGAGAGUAAUUGAAGAUGUGAGUGGGGACGUAAAGAACAAGAAGUUUAUAUUUGAAACCUCCUCACUGGAUAAAAUCCACGAUCAACCUCUUGAACAAAAACCAAUCGGUGUGGAAGAGCCUGUGGGGGAUAUUGACGUGAAGUCUAGCACCAUGAUGUUCGAGUCCCUGCCACUGUACGCCAUUAGGGACAAAGAGGGAGAGUUUCACGAGGUGACGACUGUGCAAAAGGAGGAGAUAUUGAGCGGCGAUGUAAGAGGAGCCAGAUGGAUGUUUGAGACUAAGCCCCUUGAGGCCAUCAAGGCAGAGAAUGAAGUUUAUGUGAUCAGAGCUGUCACUCAAGAGGACGUCGAGAAGGGAGAUGUCAAAUCGGCCAGAUGGAAGUUCGAAACACAACCACUGGACUCCCUUACCUGUCGAGAGGAACCUUCUGUCAAGGUCAUUGACGACUUUGGGAGCUGUAACGUGCAGCUCAAUAAAAAGAUAUUUGAAUCCGAGGAAUCCAACGACAAGUUUGUAAGGAUGGUUAGUGUCACCGACAUUCAGCGCGGAGAUGUCAGGACCUCCACCUGGCUCUUCGAGAAUCAAAACGUCGACACGCUCAGGGGAGAACAUCAAGAGCAAGGUCCAGUCAAAACGGUCUACAGAGAAGACAGCCAGAAAGGAGAUGUGAAGCGCUGUACUUGGAUGUUUGAAUCACAGCCACUGGACAAAAUCAAGCAGCAAGAAGAAACUUCAUUCCAAGGUACGGAGGAGACCAUACCAAAAGCUGAUGUGAAGUGCACAACCUGGCUCUUUGAGACAACCCCACUGGACAAAAUCACCUCCAGCAGUGUCACUGACACAGUGGUAUACUUAAGUGAACUGAAUUUAAUUCACUCAGGUGGUAUCAUAGUUGAAGCAAAUGAUGGCCGAAACGUAACCAUGGCGAAAUUCCAACUCGGAAACUCAAAUGAAGUCCAAAUUCAGAAGGAGGAGGUUGUUGAGGGCAACCUUAGAAACAUCAUGCUACAGCUCCUACUCAAACCGACCAACCCACAGGUUACUCUUCUCAAAGAAGCGGAGAAAGGACAAGUGACCGCCACCAAAGUUGAACUCCCAGUCUAUCAUUCAUCUACAACUAUUACCCUUGAGCGGGAUCAAAUAAUACAAGACAUAGUUCAGAUGAUCGACGAAAUGCUUGUUCAAGAUAAAAACUUCAAGAAAGGGAUCCUCAUGCAAGAGACUACCGGGGGACAAGCGGAGAUGUCUGUCUACUUACUCAGCAGCCAGAGUGAAACUAAAGCUCAAAGUCCUGCUAUUGAGCGAGGAGACGUGAAGUCGACUAUUGGAAAUCUGUUAGCCACUGCCAACAGUCAAAAAACAGCAGCGUCAUGCAGAAUUGAUGAGAACGAAAAGGGGAAUGUCAACUUGUACAAAAGUUGCAUUGAGAAAGGAGAUCUGCACUACCUGAAAAGUCUUCAUUCUGCGGUAUCGGAAGAUGAAACUGAUUGUAAUACUCUCAGCAAGGAGCAAACUGAAAUCGUACAGGGCGAUGUGAGAGAAGCUAAGCGGAGUCUAUGUCAGCAAAAGGAGCUGGUGGAGCGAACUAUUUCUGAUGUCCUACCAGGGGACGUGAAGAACACCAAAAAGGUAUUCAUAUCAGAGUGCGCCUUCGUUGCUGAAAACUCCGUUCCUAAGGAUGAAAUCAUUCCUGGCGACGUUUCGACAGCCAAACAACAACUUGCCACGAAACAAGAAAUCGUAGUCGAAAAAGAGAACAUUGUGGCGGGAGAUGUCAAGGCAACGAUGCAGUCUUUAGAACGCGCAAAGCAACAAAGCAUGUGCGUAGAGCGGGAGGUAUUUACACCUGGAACUAUUUACGACAUGGACUUGUCAUGUCCUGAAGCCGAAGAAGCCCAAGUCCAAAAAGAGAUGAUCAUAUGUGGGGAUGUGAAAGCGGCUAAGAAGUCCCUGGAACUGGCCAAGCAGCAAAGCAUGCAUCCGGAGCGGGAAGUCAUUGUUCCUGGAAAAAUAUACAAUCUGGAAGUCUCGGCACAAAAAGAGAGGUCGCCAGUGGUCACGCAAUCGUCUUCCUCCAGGAGUCAACAAGUCAAGACUUAUUCAAAGGUUAGUGAUACUAUGAAAGAUUUGGACAAUUGUUCCUUAGAGGCUUGCCAACAGGGAGAUGUAUCUCAUUUUAGUGCAGUUAUAGUCAGUGAUAAUGUACCUUUUGUAAGCUAUGAAUGCAACGGUCUGAUAGCAGGACUCGAUGAGUCCGAAGAUGUUAUUAAGGGAGAUGUAAAGGCAGCGAUUAGAUCUCUGCAAAGUGUUGCAACCGAGCAGAGGCUCCCAGAUAAAGAAGACGUUGUAGGCGGUAGUGUUCACCAAGCGCUGAAAUCGCUUGAGAGGUCUAGUGUAAAUGUCUCCAAGGGAGACUUUAAAUCUGCAAUGCUAUACAGGAAGUCAGAAAGUUCAGAGAGGGGUGUUGUGGUGUCUGUGCCUCCGUCUGACACAACAUUGUCUCCUUCAAUUUCAGUAACCUGUCAAGGGAAACCAUCCAUCACAGCACGGAAACCCACAUGCUACCCAGUAGAAAACAAAGGCUCUGAAAGGUCCAGUUCUGAGGUUGAGGCUCCACUCCUGCAAAAGACACCACAGGACCUGAAGCCGGCAUUGCCACCAAAGCCACACUUGACUAAACCUGUGUUUGUAGACGAUGUGAACGUGACGCCGGCAAAAAAACCCACCGCAGGGACUCAUCCUGACGCAAAGCAACGCACACAACUUCCCACUAAUCGGUUAAUUGAGGGCACAAGGGCCAGAACUGGACAUAAAUCCGACUACCAAGUGACAAAGUCAAACACACCUGAAUUGGAGAUGGAGAGAAAUGUCAUCCAGAGAAUUAAUGCGGCGGAGGAGAUACAAAAGUGCAUGAAGGACUAUGAAGACAACCCUAAGCAUGAAAUGAACAUGGGCUUGCAGGCUGCUUUAAAGAACUUUGAAAGAACCGGGAGUGAGACCCUGAAUAAAAAAGCCAAUUUCUUACCCACAAAGACUGUUAAAAAUGACAAGGUUGAAUCGGGGCAACAGACCUCAAGGACCCCAAACUGCAGACCCAUGCUCUCACAUGGUGCGAAGCAACUCAGUGCCGGUAAAGUGUCAGAGACAAACAUCGCAGCAAGUCCCUGUCAAAGUCCAACAACAAACAUUGCUGACGAAAACGAACAUAGAGUUGUUUUGAGAGAGAAGAAAGGUAAAGAGACGGAGGUUGAGCGACGACAGAGGCUCUCUGUGCACAAGGACGAGAUCAUGAAGGGCAACGUAAAGGCAGCCAUGGAAAUCUUUGAAAAUAUCAGGAAACGAGAGGAACUCAAGGGAAUCUUAUCUCAGGUGCAGGAGAUUGAAGGAGCCACCGGUUUGAAGACCGUUUGUGAUAGUGUCCCUGCUUGGGUGGCAUCACUGAACGAAAGUUCAAAGCAAAACAAACAACUGGAAAAGAAAGUUGAAACUGAGACACGGGAUGAUGAUCUAGAAAGUGUUUCUUCGGUGGAAACUGCGUACGAGGAUUUGGAAAAAGCAAGUAAAGAGAUACUAAAUCUAAAGGACCAGACAUUGGCGAAGCUCCUUGACAUCGAAGAGGUGAUCAAAAAGGCUCUCUACUCGGUCUCUAAUCUGAAAUCGGAGGCAGACAUUGCUGGCUUGUCAGGACUGUUUGAUGAGUCUUUAGUAGCGGAGCAACAUAUUCAACCUGCCAACAAGGUCAGGAAAAUCAGCAUUGCGUCAACCAAGGCCCAAUCAGGUCAAAGCAAAGAAACGACAAACCUACGCAGUCUUCCGAAGAAAGAAGCGCCUGGACAAGUCAACAACAAGCUCAUUAGACAGUCCUCUUCCCAGUCGUCCCCGUCAUUUAUCUCCAUUCACUCCGCGGCCAGAAGGCCGGCUGAACAACCGAAGCCCGCCAUGUCCACAUUUAAACCGGCACUGGAGGAAAAAGGUCAAAGUUGCCCAGGCCAUUCGGCCCAUGAGUCUGGUAACAGCCCAGCAAAGCAUAAGGUUAGCAUGCUUGAGGUGCAAACAGUUCCCAAGGAACCUGCAGGAAUCAUCGGGACAAAGACUGUCAGUGAAACCUACGAAGAGACCGACGGCUUUGGAAACGUUUUUGUAUCCUCUGUGAAGUCUACAUUUGUUACCAAACAGUCUGACAGUAUGCCAGCUGCCCUGUUUGAGGUGGUCGGGAGCCCAACCAGAUACCAAGUCAUGACAUCCCCAUUAGUGCAAAGAUCUAGUUUCCCCCCUAAGGACGAGAAGCUGAGUAAGACGGACAAGAAAGGGAAAUUGUUUGUACCGUUUAGCCAACCCAACAAAGGACACUGAACAAACCUGCUCCUUGGCGGUCUUUAGGGGACUACGUACUGCAUUUGUGUUAUCAAGUUUUGUUCAUCAUAAAAUCUGAUGUCAUGUAGUGAUGGAUAUGUUCAAUUUUUAUUUAAAAAAACAAACAUUUGUCUUAUGGAUUUUAUACCGUACUUAUGUUAUAUAGAAUGUACAAUUAUUUGAAAUCAAACAAAAUAGCUGUAAGGUGUUGUGUAAAUUGUUUAAUAAAUUACAGUUUUAGAAAGAAA